CAGCGGACCCUUAUAGUUUCUGCUUUCCCCUAAAUCUUUCCCACAGUGACAGCAGCCCCCCUCAAGCUACUGUACACACUAUCGAUCCGGAGGCUUCGGGAAAAUCUGAAGCUAUUCGCAUUUCAUCUGUCCAACAAUGGCCGUUGCGAAUCUUCUCAAGCGCAUUGAACUACCGCGUGGUUCGCGCUUCAUCAAUGAAGAUGUCAGACCUGUUGGGACUGAGCGACGAACAUGGACGUUUCUAACGUUCCACAACUUCUGGCUGUUGAUCAACUGCAACAUUGCGACGUAUCUGACCGGCAGCGCGCUGAUUCCCCUUGGCUUGACGUGGUGGCAGGCCAUCAUCGCCAUCAUCCUCGGAAACAUCCUCGCGACUGCUGCGCUGAUUCUUGCUUCGCUUGCUGGAGCUUAUUACCACGUGGGCUUCCCUGUCUUUAGUCGAGCGGUAUGGGGAAUCUGGGGAUCGCAGUUCGUCAUCUGGAACCGCAUCUUUCUCUCCCUCGUCUGGUAUGGCUUCCAGUCUUGGGUCGGCGGACAAUGCACGUAUCUCAUGCUUCUGUCAUGGGAUCCCAACCUCGAGAAACACAUCCCCAACACGAUCCCCGCGUCGACCGGCAUGACAUCCGCGCAAUUCGUCUCCUACUUCAUCUUCUGCAUCGUCACGCUCCCGUUCCUAUGGAUCAAACCGCACCGAAUACAAAAGUUCUUCUACUUUGCUAGCUCUGUCACGCUCGUUUUCUUCCUGGUUCUUCUGAUCUGGGCGCUGGCGACCAUGGGAUCGGAUGGCUUUGGAGAUACUCUUGCUGAUAGUACACCUCUUCCGGUCACUGGGGGUCCGCAGAGUGUUACGUGGCUUACGAUUUCGGGAAUCAUGUCGACGAUUGGCGGUAUUGCGGCGGCGUCUGUCAUUGGCAUUCUCGUCACUGCCGCUACGCAGAAGAGAAUGGGCGAGGCUAUCUGGAAUCCCCCUACCCUCCUCGCCGCUCUCUUGGCCAAGGAUCCAACCGCAGGUACCCGCGCUGCUAUCUUCUUCGCCGGUCUCGCCCUAUCCAUUUCUCAGCUCGGCAGCAAUCUUCCCGGCAACGCCCUCGCAGGCGGUAUCGAUCUUGCUUCCGUGUUCCCCAAGUACAUCAACAUUCGACGAGGUGCCUAUCUCAUGGCCCUUCUCAGCCCCAUCGUCAACCCGUGGCGUCUCGUCAACACCGCUACGGUCUUCCUCACUGUGCUCUCAGGCUACAGUGUCUUCUUGGCGCCCAUGACUGGUCUCAUGGUGGCUCACUAUAACCUGGUGGCGAAGGCCAAGGUCAAUGUUGACGAUCUUUUUGUGGGUAACAAGGAUAGCAUUUACUGGUACAACUUUGGUAUCAAUUGGCGUGCUUUUGUCGCGUGGAUUGUUGGUGUCGCGCCUACAAUGCCAGGCUUCAUCGCUGCUGUUAAUGUCAAUGCUAAGGUCUCAGAUGGCGCAAAGAACCUCUACCAGCUGAACUACCUCUUUGGGUUCGUUGUCAGUGCUGCUGUUUACUACGGACUUCACAUUGUAGUCCCUGAUAAGAGGUUUGACGCCUUCAUCAAGGAUGGCACAACUGCCAAGGAGGUCCAAGCUGUUUAUGAUGAACGCUGGGAUAUGACCUACUCCGAGAGUGAGCCUGGAUCAACUGAAGAGCACUCUUUUCAGCGAAACAAGGGACCUAACUCCCUGACCACGUCUGUUUAGUUACGAGAUUCAUGUUGGCGAUGUUUCUUUUCAAGAUUGCAAGCCUGUUAUCUGCUACUCUACCCAUACUGAGACCUUUUUAAUUAUCAUUUACCAUAUCAAACAUAGCGGGGAUUCUGGAUAAAAAUUCAUCACUUUAUCUUCUGAUAGUAGCAACGUUACCUCGGUAGAACCUGAUUGAGAUCUUCAACCCCUCCACUUUGUUUAAUUG